AGCAUUUUCAAGAAAGGAAAUUUUUUUACUAGAACUGUAGCAACGUUCAUAAAAUUUGUGAAUGUUCCGUUAAGUGAAGAAACCAGUUGAAUUUUUGGAAACCCGUUUCAUUGGAACUGUUUAUGAUAUUUUAUUAAGUUGUUGGUAUUUCUAUAGUGGAUAGCUUUCGUAAGAGAAUAUGUCAGUAACAUAUGUUAGAUAGAUAGUUAAUAAUGCUACCUCUGACAAGUCAAGGACAUAUGACUGUGGUAUGGAAAUUUUGUAAGAUGAUUUGAAUAUGACUGUUCAAAUAUUACAGAGGCGGUAAAUUUCGUAAAAUACUGAACAUGCCUUUACUGUUCCUUGAAAUGGAAUAGCAAUCUUGAACCGAAAACGACGUACGACAUUGGUAUUUAAAAUCAGUAAUAUAAAAAAUAGAAAUUUGAGUGAAAAGUUUCAUGAAUUUGAAAGAAUUCUAUUGUGAAUUUCCAAGGGUUCGUGGCUACGCGUACUAAAAUAUUCUAAUGUUUGGAGAAACAGAUGCGUAGAUUCAAAGACUCUACCCACAGUUUCUUCAAAUUGAAGAUCCUGUCACUGGUACCACAAUGUAUCACUUCAUCGUCCGAGUCCCUCAUUUUCGAAGAUGCACUACAACGCAUAGAAGAUUCUCAAAGCGUAGAACAACGAAUACGACACCAAAACAAGAAAACUCACCCUCAGAUCGCGUUUCCACGGCGACGAAGAGUAACACAGCCGCCAGCAGCAGCAGCAGUUUCGUGAACCAGAGCCUCCACAUGUCUUUGCCCAUCUGUUUCCCCGCUGGCAGGGAGCUGCGCUGCACGAAAUUACCAACAGAAGACGUACACUCUCAUGUAAAUCGGUCCGAUACGAACGAACAAGUCCAUCCACGGAGAUACGAAGAGGAAAAAUUUGUCCACCUGGUCACCAGACAGAGCAGUUAACGAGAGCUCUGGUACUCGACGAGCGGAGCAACCGACCGAUUGACCUUUCUCCGGGUGCGUAACUUUGUCUGUGUCCCGGUGAGGACUGAAGGGGAAGCAAGGCCCACCGCCGGCUGUUGGGAACCGGAGAAAGGUGUAUCGAGAGAGAGGCCAGAGGCGAGCCGGUAAGGCCCCUUCUUCUAUCGCUUCUCUUCCCCUUCUCUCAAUCACAGAUUAUACACGUUUCUCUCUUCUACCACCGGA